AUGAAGAGUCAAAUUCUCUUAACGACAGUCCUGGGGGCUAGUGGUGUUCUCUCACAGGCAGACCAUGGAGCUAUGAGCUUGGAUAUAUGGUGCGUUACGUACCUGUCUACCUACCUUGUUCCGGUAGCAAAUCCUGGUCAAUCAACGGGAGCAUCUUCUUUACAACCGACCUUUGCGGGAAACAGCUCAAUCCCCGUGACACAAACAGAGUCCCAGAGCGUAUUGGUGUCUGAUACGUCAGUUCUCACUUCAGAAGUCACUGAGGUGUCUUCGGUGUCAUUUAAUUCAACGACCGGAACUCUGACCAACCAAAUCACCUUAGCAUCCUCAGAAUCUACCGAUGUCCUCACUACCUCAACAAGCAUCAUCGAACCACCAGGCCGCUCCGUGAUCUUCCUAAUCUCCGCCCCCAACACCCGCAAGCGCUCCUUCAAACACCAGAACACAGACAAAGGCUUCGUCGGAAACAACAACCCUUCAAUCUGCACCUUUGCUCAAAGCUUCAACAUCGCUGAAGAGCAGCUCUUCAUAGGCGGUGUGCCGUUCUUCUACAACGGUGAGGAUUAUAAGGAGCUUGUCGAGGGACCUGAGCCCCCUGCAGGUGCUGUUACCAGAAUCUUUGGAACGGCUGGUCGAUCGCUGCAGGUGAAUUUGCCUGGCGGUGAGGCGGGUUUUUGCCAGACGGAUGAUGGGAGGGUCUAUGUGAUUUUUACGAGUGGACCGGCUGGGUGUGAGGCUGUUUCUUUGGAUGUUUAUGAUGAGAGACAGUGCCAGAAUGGGAGACUUGUUGGUCUUGAUACGACUACAAGCGCUACCGAGACUGCGACGACUGAAGCCAUCAGCUCUGGAAGUGCUACCAGCGUAGAAGGUUCUACGACAACAGAAGCCAAUAAAUCUAGCUCUGAAAGCAUCGCUGCGUCAAGCAGUGUCGCUCAAACUCAAUCCGUUGGUCCAGUUUCACAAACGACUGAUUCCGAGGCAUCCACGGUAGCUUCUUCCAGCGCGGUCGAGUCCAUAUCAGUCAGUUCGACGACCAGCAUCGUCGCGUCGGAAACAUCUACACAGCCUCUCGCUUCAUCUUCAGUUCCCGAUGAAUCAACCACCGAGAAAUUGUUCACAACCAAUGAGACUGAGUCAACAUCGCAGGCUCCAUCAGGGACGACUGAGGCUGCUGCAAGUAGCUCUGAAGAGAGUACUUCGGAUGUGACGUCUGAGACGAUGACUGAGGCCGAAACGUCUGCCACAGAGGAGAGCAAAACGACUACAGAGCCUGCUACUGAGAAUACAACGACUGUCGAUGUUACAACUGCAGAUAGCUCGACUGCCGCCACAACUGCUGAAGAGUCUACCAGCGAGGGGUCUACUACUGCAGAGUCCACCACUGCACAGUCUACCGCCGAAGAAUCUACAACCCAACAACCCACCACAGCAGAAACAUCAACCACCACCCCAACAACCUCCUCCGUAGCCACUACAACCACCGCCGCCCUAGCCUGCGCCGACCUCUCCAAUCCUUACAUGGACUCCACGGACACAAUAUACGCUCUCCACUGCAACACCGACGUAAACUCCCGAACGCCACUCAACGGGUUCACCGUGGACAUGUACGUCGGAUGCGCGGGCGUGGACUUUUCGGGGUCGUCGCAAACUCUUCCAAUCACUGAUGAAUGCGACAAUACGAUAAUCAUGCCGUCAGCACAAUCCUCCCACGAUGAUCCAACCGACCGACGGCCCGAUGUCAUCUACGGCUCCUUCCCAUCUGACACCCCCCAACCCUCAAAGCCAACGCAGCCCUCCACACGCGCCCUCGCUCCCGAUCUCCUCCGCGGUCUUCUCAUGCUCCUCAUGGCAAUGGACCACAUGGCCCUCGCCCUAAACACAUGGUCCCACGGCACAGGCCGCGAGACAGAAAUGGACGGCGUACUCAUAAAGCAGUGGAAUCGCACACCCGCUUAUAUCAUCCGAACAUUAACCCAUCUCUGCGCACCGGGUUUUACCAUGUUGUUAGGGAUUGGGGUGGUGUACCUUGGAAGGUCGCGGAAGAAACUUGGUUGGUCGAGCGGGCGCAUUGCAAAGUACUUUUUUAUAAGGGCUUUUGUGCUCACGGCUGUUAAUGUGGUUUUGGGAUGGGCUAUUACUGUGGGAAAGGUGUGGUUUAUGAAUUUUGUGCUGUUUUCGUUGGCGGUGGAUUAUUUACUCGCCGGAUUGCUAUGGCUUGUCAUGGACUUUACAGAGCCGUUACUUGCGAAGCAUAUCCCGAGUAAAUCUACCGACGAAACUGAAGCGCUACUCGGAGGAAGCGAAUCUUCAGAUUUUGGAGAAGCUGUCUCAUGGCAUGUUCACAAUGCGCUGCUCGCGGUGUUGGGUGUAGUCACGAUAUGGUGGAAUAUCUGGCUCUCACCAACACAUGGGCACUGCACCGCCAACGAUCACUCAUCAUCCCUGACAAUUCUAUCAGCUGGUCAGACUGGACCUACAGAUAGUCCUGCUAUUUCGCAUAAUCCUUGGUCUGGAGUAUGGUUCUGGACUACGUUGACGGAACGUGUUCAAUCGGUGUUUCCACCGAUGGCUUGGGUAUCGUUCGCGAUAUUAGGUCUUUUAUACGCUCGCAUCGACGUUGCGCGAACGUGGAAUUCUCGUGUCGCAGCGCUGUGCAACACAGCCGCUGGAGUAUUCUUCCUCAUCAUCUUUGUCCUCACACGCGUGUUACACUUUGGAAACCUCUCCGAAGGUUGUCUCCAAACACCCGAGCACAUCGCCCAUCCCGACCAGAACCAAUAUCUCGUCUCAGUGCAGUCCUUCUUCUACAUAAUGAAGUAUCCACCCGACGUCGCAUUCUGGGCCUUUACCAUGGCCGGAAAUCUCUUUCUGCUAGCUUUCUUCGGCGGUAUUCCCACCAGUGUUGCCAAGCGCUUCACGAUGCUGUUGGAUUUCGGUAGAGCUGCGUUGUUCUUCUACCUUGCGCAUUUGUUCUUUGUCUUUAUUUUUGGUGGAGUCAUGGUUGAUUGGUUUGGUCAUGAGACGGAGAACCAUGGACAGAUGGAUCCGGACUCUAAACGAGGUAUCGACAAUGUUUUUGCGUACCUUGCUAUUUGGGGGUUGUCCAUGUUGUUGCUGUGGCCGUUGGUGAGGUGGUAUGGUAGGUUCAAGGCUACCAAGCCGGCUGAUUCCAUUUGGAGGUUCUUCUAGACCUCACUGUACAAUUAUUGUUCAUAUUGCAUGAUAGACUUUAUAAAGAAUCGAAGAUAAAUUAUUAUA